AUGCAGCAUCGCAGAACUUCAGAGUACCAGAGGGUUUGUGGCGCGCAGUGGUGCUACGUGGUGGAGACCCCUGGGACAGUGGAAAGUCUUGCACAUCUCCACAGCUUGGCAAUCGACAAGUACAACUUUGGCGUCACUGCUGCAGGCAACGGUGUCGAAAGGCUCUCGAAAUCGGUCUGGUAUGCGGUACUAGCCCAAGGGCGUUGCGAUAUGGAAGCGCAUGCACUUGCAGACACUCUGCAGGCAUCGGUGGUUGCAACUGCAGAGGCUUGCUUGUAUGAAGCCGCAAUUCAUGCUAUAUUCGGCGGUGAUGUGGCCGCCUUUGCACGCGCACGACCUCAGGCAUCUUGGGAAGAUAAUGGACCAGAGGAAUCAGCACUUGCGGAACUAAAUGCGCUGCCUGGGACGACGCUUCAGACGCUUUCUGCGAGAUUGGCAGCGCAUGGCGCAGCGAGUAUUCCAGAGUUCCUCUUACAUCCAACCGAAGAUGAUGGGUCCGCAGAGUUUGCAUUGAUCUGCCGUGUCAAGGCUACUCUAGCAUGUAUCUGGCGACGUGUAGCUGGAACAGGAAGAAGUAUACUAGGACAUGACGCGUUGUAUGCUGUGCAGCUAUCAACAAGCCCAGCAACGAUCCAACUUGCGGCCUUUUACAGCGCGCCUUUGCAUAGUGCAAAUAAUGCUUGUGAAAUAGACUCCUGCCUUGAGGCGGCUAAAGAAGCCCUGGGAGCAGAAGCGGUGCCUGAACUUGCAUGCCGUGUCUGCGAUCAACUAUUUCGGAAGAAUGGUGCGCUGGCGCUAUCCGUCUCUUUGACAUCAGGGGAUAGGGCUCGCAAUUUUGUUGCGCUCGGGUGGCUCGCGGCUAUGCCUCUUGAGCUC